UGCAAAACACAAGUGUGCUCGUCCCAAAACUCGGACGAAAUGGAUGGAAGCAGCAGGCAACUCACCAUGACCGGUCAUGCCCCUUCUCUCUCAGUGGGCCUACAAAUGCCAACAUCACUUCUCCGUCCCCCGCCCCUCUUCCUCCGGGCGGCCGCGGCGGCAGCCUGCAACCCCUCGCUAGAGAGAGGCUAUCCCCGGACUCCCAAGUGCGCCCGGUGUCGAAACCAUGGCGUUGUGUCGGCGCUGAAAGGACACAAGCGCUUCUGCCGCUGGAGGGACUGCGUGUGCGCCAAGUGCACGCUCAUCGCGGAGAGGCAGCGGGUGAUGGCCGCGCAGGUGGCUCUUCGGCGGCAACAGGCGCAGGAGGAGAGUGAGGCGCGAGAGCUGCAGUUCAUGUACACCGGUCCUGGGGCGACGGAACCCGGAGUUACCCUCACCUCGACAGCCGUUGGUUCAGGUGCUCCAGGCCUGACCUCCGCAAGACCAACCUCAUUUGAUCCCUUUGGAAAUGGAGACCAUAAAGACGACAAGUUGGUGAAAUAUAAUGUUUACAACGGAUUUAUGGGUCGAUCCCUGUUUGCUCCCGGUAACUCUAUACUGCACUCUCCCAUCGAGAGGGAAGACACCUGUGGGGGUCGAGAGAAAACGCACCAAGAUCUUGACAAAACCAGUGGCAGUCCCUCACCUGAUGGGUUCGACCGCAGGUCUGACCGUUCUGCCAGUCCACGAUCGCAGUUAUCGUCUGAUCCAGAAUCGGGCAGCGAUUCAGAGAAACCCAAGGAGUAUACCUCCUACGAGCAAAGCGGGUCAGGUGCCAUGGGGAAAAACAGAGACCCUACCAACGUCAUGAUGAAGAUCUUCCCUCAUCUACAACGGGACACUUUGGAUUCGGCGCUGAAAACCUGCACCGGGGACAUAGUUAGAGCCAUCGAGAUGCUUCUAAACUCGAAGGAGAAUAAAGGCUCUCCUGAGACCAGUGGACUGUCCAGACCAGACAACUCGACCGCCCCGAGGCCAUCCACAAUCCGACCCUUAGGCGCAGCCAUAGGGGGUUUCAGCUCCAAAUCAGCUUUCUCCCCCCUCCAAACGUCGAUGGCAAGCGCAGUCGGGAGCGACGGGUUGUAUGGACUAAGCCCACGCUUCGGCAUAUCUCCACUUCGUUUGGCUUACUCGACAUCGGGCGCAGGAUUACCGAGCAUAAUGGCACCUUACGUGACCUCCGGGCUUAUACCAACGCUCCCGUUUCGACCUCCACUGGACUAUUCAUUCCCAGGUGUGAUUCGGGACAUCUCUUGCCUUCAAGCCAAAGAUUCUUUUCCAAAUACAAGCAUUUAUUCCCGUCUUAGCAACGAAAAAUAAUAUAUAUCUGAUAUUAUAACACUAUAUUUUAUAUUUUUGUACAAAGAUUUUCUUUCCCCUUGCGUUUUUAUACAUCGUCAUUGGCUCAAUCAAUCAUUAUAACCCAUUGUGCCUCAAUGAUAUCCAGUCUAUAGAUUAAUAUUCAGGAACUGUACGAACUGGAACUUUUUACGACUUAUCUUUACUUUGACAGUUUGUAACUAUUGUACAUAACGUUAUUUUCACAAAUAA